GCCUCUAUAAAGAGGCACGUCGGGGCGGCUUCUGCAUGAGACUCAGGCGGCAGAGCGGGCUUGCAGGAGACGCAAGGAGAAGCAAGGCUGAAAGAGGCGAUCCGGGCUGCUCGGAGGAGAGGAGAUCCAGAGGUCAGAUCCCACCCCGUCUUUGGAGAAGCGCCGUCGAGGCCAGACGCCGGGAUGGCGUCCGCCGCGCUGCAGAUCCUGGGCUUGUCGCUGUCGCUGCUGGGCUGGCUGGGGGCCAUCGUGGUGGCCGGCUUGCCCAUGUGGCAGGUGUCGGCCUUCAUCGAGAACAACAUCGUGGUGGCGCAGAGCACCUGGGAGGGCCUGUGGAUGAACUGCGUGGUGCAGAGCACGGGGCAGAUGCAGUGCAAGGUGCACGACUCCAUCCUGGCGCUCAGCCCGGAGACGCAGGCCGGCCGGGCGCUGAUGGUCAUCGGGGCGCUGCUGGGGCUGGUGGCGCUGCUGGUGACGGUGGUGGGCGCGCAGUGCACCAACUGCGUGCGCCCCGGCAAAGCCAAGGACCUGAUCGCGGCGGUGGGCGGCGGCCUCUUCGUGGCCUGCGGCCUGCUGGUGCUCAUCCCGCCCUGCUGGUACGCCAACAUCGUCAUCGGCAACUUCUACGACCCCUCGGUGCCGUCGUCGCGCAAGCGGGAGAUGGGCGCGGCGCUGUACCUCGGCUGGGCCGCCGCCGCCCUCUUGAUGGUGGGCGGCUCGCUCAUCUGCUGCUCCUGCGCCCGCAAGGGAGACCUCUCGGCUUUCCCCGUCAAGUACUCGGCUCCCAGGAGGCCCGCCACCAACGCCGCCACUUCCAACGGGGAGUACGACAAGAAGAACUACGUCUGAAGGCGGCCCCGGCAGGGGAACUUCGGCGGCGGCCGUCGGAGCCAGCGCAGCGGGGACUUGGCGGGGAGGAGCGGCGGCGGCGGCAUUGGCGCGUCUCCUGGCCUCGCCGUCGAGCUUCCGAGGGGCGAUCGCUUUGGCAGAAGACCAGCGCUCCCUCCCUUUUAAACUGCUUUUGUCUCUUCUUCCCAAGAAAACUCUUUUGCGAAGAAAAGGAAUCGCGCCCAGGAACUCUCCGUUGCAUUUAGGACUCCUCUGGGUUUGGGGGGGGGAGGUUUUUUGGACCCCCAAAUUGUACCGAUUUCGUGGCGUCGCUUCUGAACUGGAAGCUUCGGGUGGGAACACACACACACGGUCUGCUUCUUUUAAAUUAUAUGUAAAUGGGAGAAUUUGCACUCUAAAUCAAGCCGGGCAAAAAAGAAAAGAAAAGAAAAAGAGCAUGUGUUUGGCUAGCUUUGGGAAAGCCAUCCUGAUUGUAAAUAUUCCGGGUUGGGGAGGGGGUUUGCCUUGUUUUGUACUGUUUCACAUGAUCCAAAGGGAUUCGCUGGGUAUUAAAAGCUGAGCAAGCAUUGCUUAAGAUGUAAAGCUGGUUUCAAGCGGCACACUUCAUGUGGUUGGGAAGGCAGGAGUGUUAGAUGUUUUAGAAUUGGUUUUUUUAAUGGCUCCUCGAAUUUGCAUCUUUGGAGUAAAACUGGAGUAUGGCUGUGAUCCCAAGUGGUCUCAGUUCGGCCAGAUGUGAAGUCAGUGGGAUUGUGCAAAGGCUGGCUUGGGGGUCAGAGCUUCCCUGUGUUCAAAGGGCAGGGCGCUAAUAGGGUAAGAUUUCCUCCCUAUACACUUGCCUUAAAAGUGUUGGGUUUUUUGUUUUUGUUUUUAAAUCAGUGUAUGUUGUUAACUAUUAAGCUGUGCGAUAAGGAGGAGAAUUUCACACUUGGAUUUAUUUUUUAUUAAUGACCGUGUCAGUAUUUUUUGCCUCUAAAUAAAAAUCCAUCCCGGUUCCAAAAGACUGGUCAAGUAAUCAGUUUCUCAAGGUUUCAAUUCCCAAUUUUUCUUUUUCGUUUACAUUGCACUCUUAAUUUACAGAAUUGCUUUUGCAUAAGCUUCGAUCAUUUCAGUGGGGUUGACACAGGAGUCAAGACUGGUACUGGAUUCUACCGUUUUGUAACCUAAACUUAAUCCUCUGUUGUUCCGAGCAGUAUUUUCGAAUCCAAGAUCAUCGACUGUUUUAUAUAUUGUGUAUAUUUAUAUAAAUAUUACAACUGCA